UUAUUUAUUUAUUAAACCCUCCCAAACCAUUUGAAAACCCCAAGAAAGAGAGAGACCCCCUCCUUGAUGAACUCAAUGCUUUGAUUCCUCAUCAUCACACCGAAUCCCAAAUUUUUUACUUUCAUUUUUAAUCAACACUCACUCACUAAUAAAAAAACAAACAAAUACCCUCAUUUCCUCCCUAGCUGCUUCUCCACAAUCUCCAUCCUUGAACUCUAAAACUUCCCUCUUCUUUUCUUCUCUCCUUUUUGUCCCGGGUUACUUUUGAACAGUUGAUUUUUUUAUUUUUUUUGCUAUUGUAUAUAAAUAGUUUUCGUGAUUGAAUCAUGAGGGAUAAAUUCAAUCUGGGUUUUCGGUUUUUCAUCUGGGGACUUUUUCAGAUUCCAUUUAUUACAAGAAAAGAGGAGAAUCUAGUCUAGUGUUUCAUGGGUUUUGUAUCUCAUGUGUUCCAUUUACUGUCUCUUUUAAGACAUCUCUCUUAGAUCUGUUUGCUGCCGUAUUUAAUCCCCUGCUUUACUCACGCUCUGCCUCUCCCUUCCAAGGUUAGAUCAUCACAUUUCACGCUUCGUAUCUAUUAAUUUAUAUAGUUUUCUUGAUGUUGUAAUCCAGUUCGCCGUUACACUAGCUAUAGUUUAAAUAUUUAUAGUUUUUCAGACACAAGGGUUUCGGGUUUUUAUUGCUUUUGGAGUAUGAUAAUUUGAUGAUGUGCAGAUACUUGAAAAGUUAUAAGGUGGUUGGGAGGUUUCAUGGGUUUUUGGGAUUUUGUUUGAGUUUCUUUAUGUUGUAUGUGCUUAUGGUGCGAAGUGAGAUAAGCCCUCCAUGUAAGAGGUCUUGUAAGCCUUUUUUGUGAGGUCUGUAUUGCAAAAUGGGUAACGGCACUUCUCGUGUCGUGGGUUGUUUUGCUUUUAAUGGCAAGAAUGGUGUUGAUUUAGAGUUUUUAGAGCCAUUGGAUGAAGGGUUAGGCCAUUCAUUUUGCUAUGUUAGGCCACCUAUUUUUGACUCCCCUGCCAUUACCCCCUCAAACUCUGAGAGGUUUACAGUUGAUUCCAGUACUCUAGAUUCUGAAACAUUAAGCGGUUCUUUUAGACAUGAUAUCAUAGAUGAUCCCUCGGGUUUGCAUAGACAAAACAAGACUUUCCCUGAAACUACAUUUAAAACAAUAUCCGGAGCAUCAGUUAGUGCCAAUGUUUCAACUGCUAGGAGUAACCAGAGUGCAUUGUUUGCUGGUGAAAUGCAAGAGCCAGCUGCUUCAUUCGAGAGCACCUCAUCUUUUUCUGCAAUUCCUCUGCAGCCAGUGCCUCGUGGCUCUGGACCUUUGAAUGGCUUUAUGUCCGGUCCUCUUGAGAGAGGAUUCGCUUCAGGUCCUUUAGAUAAGGGUGGUGGUUUUAUGUCUGGACCUAUCGAGAAGGGGGUAAUGUCAGGUCCUCUUGAUGUCACUGACAAAUCCAACUUCUCUGCUCCACUUGCACGUGGUCGUCGAAGACCCCGCUUUCAGCGUUUAGUGAGGAGUGUGAGUGGACCUAUGAAAAACACUCUAUCACGAACAUUAUCAAGACAUUUGAUGGGUUCAGGUUGGAUGCAGAGGUUUGUUUUGCACCCGGUAACCCAAUUGGCUUGGCAGGUUAGGGAGCCAAAGUUUCGGCCAGAAGCCUCAAGGAACUGUCUUGAAGGAGGGCCAUCAGAGAGCGAGUACGUGGACAUUUGCAACUUACAAUGGGCUCAUGGCAAGGCUGGGGAAGACAGGGUUCAUGUCGUACUUUGUGAUGAGCAGGGAUGGCUGUUUAUUGGGAUAUAUGAUGGCUUUAGUGGUCCAGAUGCACCAGAUUUUCUGAUGAGCCAUCUUCAUAGAGCUAUUGACAGGGAGUUAGAAGGACUGCUGUGGGAUUAUGAAGAUAAAUCUUCCAAUGAUCCAAUAAAACCUAAACUGUCCAAGAGUGGACUUGCUGAGGCAGGUUCAGAGUGCAGCAAGCAAGAGCAGCCUAACUCGAGUCAAACAACCUCUUGCAGCUUAAACAACUUGUGUAGUCCUGGAGAUGUUGGGGGCCAAUCUUCUAAUUGUGAGAUUGUGGAUGAAAUUGAUGUUAGGGGCUGUCAGCAGCAAUCAUCUAAUUGUGAAAAGCCUAGCAGCUUGGGCCCUGCUUCUGCCUCUAUUCCAACUGCCAACUUGACUGGCAAAGGAAGGAAAAGCGUUCGGCUUUACGAGCUGCUGCAGAUGGAAUCAUGCGACGGUUCAGGUUCUGCAUCAUUCUCAGUGGUUAAAAGCCAAAGAAGCAGAUCAUGGAAUUGUCAACCAAGCUCAGAUGCUUUGGAUUUUGAUCAAACUUUGCGAAAAGAACCGUCGAGAUCCUCCUCAUUGGAUAACUGCAAAGGAGAAGGUUUUAGUCAUCGAGGUGAAGAUCCCACGACAUCUGGAGAAGAUGGAGGGAUUGGCCUUCAAUCUGGUAAUCAGGGAGGUGGAACUGAUCUUUCUGUUUCUGUUCAAAGGCAGGGUACAAGAAAGUUUGUUAUCAGCUCAAAGAUCCGAAAAAUGUAUCGGAAGCAGAAGUCCUUGCGUAAGAAACUCUUUCCUUGGAGUUAUGAUUGGCAUAGAGAGGAGACUUGUGCUGAUGAGAGAGUGGUGGAACCCUCUGGACCUAUUAGGAGAUGGAAAACAGGAAUUGUUGACCACGAUGCAGUUUUGAGAGCAAUGGCUCGGGGACUUCAACACACUGAAGAGCAAUAUAUGGAAAUGGUGGAAAAGGACCUUGAUAGAAAUGCAGAGCUUGCUUUGAUGGGAUCAUGUGUUCUAGUGAUGUUAAUGAAGGAUCAAGAUGUGUAUGUCAUGAACCUUGGGGAUAGCCGUGCAAUAUUAGCACAAGAACGACCCAAUGAUCGUCAUCCUAAUCCAACUUUGGCGAAGGAUGACAUGAGGUAUAAGAAUAGAUCCCGAGAGUUUCUAGUACGUAUGGAGCUGGACAGAAUCUCAGAGGAGUCUCCAAUGCAUAAUCAUAACAGUCAGGUUAAUAUGAUCAACAAGAACAGAGAGAUCUCUAUUUGCAGAUUGAAGAUGAGGGCAGUUCAGCUUUCAACUGAUCACAGCACGAGUAUUGAAGAGGAAGUGCUUAGAAUAAAGGCAGAACAUCCUGAUGACAACCAAGCGAUUUUAAACGAUCGAGUGAAGGGACAAUUGAAAGUAACCAGAGCUUUCGGUGCUGGAUUUUUGAAGAAGCCAUCUUGUAAUGAAGCUCUGCUAGAGAUUUUUCGGAUCGCUUAUGUGGGAACUAAUCCCUAUGUGAGCUGCAUUCCUUCUGUAGUUCACCACCGACUCUCCUCAAGCGAUCGAUUCUUAGUUCUCUCCUCUGAUGGGCUUUACCAGUACUUCAGCAAUGAAGAGGUGGUUGCUCAUGUCACAUGGUUCAUGGAAAAUGUCCCUGAAGGUGAUCCUGCACAGUAUCUCAUUGCAGAACUUCUCUUCCGUGCUGCCAAAAAGAAUGGAAUGGAUUUUCAUGAAUUGCUUGAUAUUCCUCAUGGGGACAGACGUAAAUAUCAUGAUGAUGUCUCUGUUAUGGUGGUUUCUCUAGAGGGAGGAGAAAUUUGGAGAUCCUCUGGAUAAUUGUUUUCAGUUUACGCGUAUUGCCUCAACAAUGUAAACAUUUUCAAGGGGGUGGUAACCGUCUCUGCAAUUCAGAAUUUAGAAAUCAGUGAUGACAUUCUCAGGAAUAUAAUUUUUUCCUCCUGUCAUUUCCUUUCUUCAUCCAGUGAUAGUUCAAGGAGGGCAAAAAAAUCACCAGCCCAUGCUGCUAGAAUGUUGCAAUCAGAUGCCCCUUGAAGUUCCCAGUAUAUCCAUUUAUUUUGUAUGCCGCCUCCAUCAUUAAAGUCCUUCUUGUAUUUCCUUUCUCCUUGGAAUGGUAUAUAAGAUGAUUAAAGAUUUAUUUCCCGCA